GAGGAGGAGGAGGAGAAGGAGGAGGAGGAGGAGGAUGGUGAUGAUGAUGACAAGGAGGCUGAUGAUGACGAUGUUGAUGAUGAUGCUGCUGCUGCUGCUGAGGAUGAUGAUGAUGAACGUUCAGUGACCGUUAACGGAACUUACUUCUACCGUUUCCUCUUUUUCUUGGGCCUCACCGCUCGAGGCUUGAACUCGCGAACUUUUCGUCAAUUUUGGAGCAACUACUAG